AAGAUCAAUUCGUCACACGCUGAGCCAAACCAAGCGACCACUCUACUCUCGGUGGUGAUCAUUCACGGUUUGAACUCAUUAACGGAAGGUGGCAUUACGCGAAGAGACCUUUGGCUUAGAAAAGGACGUUUCUGGGAAGAAACAUAAUAUUGGAUAGUAAUUGGUGGUAUUUACAGCAGUUUUGAGUGAUACUCGGUGAUAGUUCAAGAUUAUUUGUGUACAGGAGUACUUCAGACUUGCCACAAGACGGUGAAAUACGUGAUCAGCUGAUUUCCAGGUGAUCGCUUAUUUUUGUGAAAGCCAUAGAAAAGUCUGUAUCGCUAUGGAAAAGUCGUCCCGUCCCGUGAGAAAUCGUAAACGAAGUAGGAAAGUAUGGCCACCUGGGGAUAUCCACCGACCAAUCAAGCGGCUCUUCACGCCAGAGAUCAAACGCAUGCUCAAGGAUUGGCUUGUUCGCCGACGCGAGAAUCCCUACCCCAACCGGGAGGAAAAGAAGCAACUGGCCUACGAAACCGGUCUAACCUAUACGCAGAUCUGCAAUUGGUUUGCCAACUGGCGUCGUAAGCUCAAGAACUCCGGCCACGAUCCCAUCAAGAAGACCUGGGGCAAUUUGAUCAAGAACUACAACACCAACGCGAAAGGAAACGUGGAACAGUUCAGCAUUUGCUCGGAGGACAGCAUUUGGGGUGAAAAUGGCGAGGAUUCGCAGGGGUCGCGAUCGCCUCCUUCGGGUAACUUUUCGAAGCGAUCGUAUCCGACCUACAUUAACGGUAAUCACAGCAGCAAUAAUAACAAUAACAGCAAGGCUUUCGUGAACUACAUGAAGUAUAUGGAAAGAAGGAGUAGUGACACUUCUGAAGAUGAUACACCUGGUACAUAUCCCGGUAAUAUGUUCAUAGAUCACUGCUACACUCCGAACAACUACAAUGCCGUGUUUGGACUCCCCGUGCAACCGCAGUGCUUCCAGGUGACAUCCACCACCGAAGAAUGUGCUCCUGAUUUCAACUGCAAUACCAGCUCAAUCAUCGCGGCGAAUUUCCCACAUGCAUACCGCGCGCAAAAUGGUACCAUCUAUCUGACACCCAGCACAACGGUAUCUCCCUCUGUGAACCACAGAAGCACGAGCAAGUACAAAAACAGCAUAAUGGAGAAAUACCUACGGGAUCUGGGUGAAGUCGAUCCAUCGGAACAAGAUCCUCUUCCCAAUGGCGAUUGCUCGAUGGCGCCAAAUCCGUUCCAGAAGAUGGCGGCACAAUCACAGCUCAAUAUUGCUCCCGUUGGCCAAAUGAGCGGUUGCGAAGCUCGUGGACCUCCAUCGCUCUCCAAAUGGUUGGAAAGUACCGCCAAGUUCACGCCUUCGAAGAACAACUACAUCGAUUGGGAUCAACCUGGAAGACCAUCCAAUCUGAAGAAGCGAUGUCAUUCGAACUCCUAUCAAUCAUCUGACCCAUCGUCACAGCAUCGCUCCUCUUCACAACCACCGCCAGAGGCUGACGAUUCCGGAGAAUUUGGAGUACACCAAAAGGACGAGAUUGACGCCGCCGAAGCGUUAACGCGGUUGGCUAACAAUUUCCGGAUGAAGUUCUACACCUGAAAUGCGAGCCCCGGAGUGAUAAGGUGUAGAACAAAUGGCAAUAGCAUUCCUGAACAAGCUUAGAGACAUUAUCAAUAGUUAUUUAUAACAGUUAGCUUUUACAAUGCCAUGCCUGCUGGAAUGAUAAAUGGUAGAACAGAUUUUACGUAUUUUCCGUGUGACUGAUAUAGUUAAUUAUUUAAAUGAAAAGGGUAGAUUCAAAAUUAUAUGUACACAAAUUAAACUUAAAGCAGUGUA